UUUAUUUAUUUUAGUAGUCGGCGCCAUAUUAACAACAUUCAAUGUAACUGUCAUUCGGAGUGAAGAGUUGAGCAACUGUUUUAGCAUGUUCCGAGUGCGAGUGCGCAACAUUGCCCAUCCGGGUAUACGGCAAUUCAUUUUGCGCACUGCCGUGCUUAACUACUUGGGAAAGUGCUUGCAAUUACAGUGGGACGACUGGCAGAAUCAGCGAAUGCAUUUGCGUACACUACAACACGAGGGAGCAAGGGCAUCCGAAUCGGUUGCUGAUGAUGCAGUAGUUGAUGCUGCUCGUGAAAAUCUGUCCCAGGCUAUCGAUGAACUGCGCAAGAAGGUUGCUGGCACACACAAGCUGCUGCAGCGCGAAUACAACGAGCUUUUUACGUACAUGAUGGACAAACGUGAUCUAUGGGACAGUCCCGAGUAUUUUAAGGCCAAGACGGCGCUGGGUACGGCCAAUCAUAAUUUGAGAAUGUACAUGACCGCUGAUAAGUGAACAGAAGCAGUUGCCAACAAUCAACAUAUCCAUUCUAUAAAUUAAAGUUUUAGCAAGAGGAUAACAAAGUUUUAACAAUAUGAACUAUUUGUAAAAAGGUA